UUCCAUCAACUUCUAUGAAAACGUACCUUCGCUCAGCGAUAAGCAAAUUAAAUAAGGCUGUACGCCAUAAUACUACUACUAAUAAUAAUAAUAACAACUUAAUUUAAUGUUUGCCUUGGAAAUGCUGCACGUUUGUGAAGGAAACCUAUCCAGGAUUACAAGAACAAGAUCCUCAGGUUUAUAAGGAGUGUUUUUCAAUUCUGAAACACCCAGAGAGUGAGAAGAAAAGACUGCACCAACAUUGCUCUUUAAACCCUCUCGGCAUCAGCGCUUGCUUCAGGAUCUGCCCUGUCCUGGUGGGUCACUCCGUCGGACUGAUGUGGAAUGUGACCCUUUUUGACCCCUUCCCACAAGCCUCUUUUCAAUCAGCUGGACUGGUGAGAGAACAGAUAAUAGAGGCAAGAGGCCGGCACACACAAAAAGAGUAAAAGCAACAGCAGCAGGAGUGUACGAACUGGUAAGAAAGUUAAAGGAGCCCUUGACGGUGGGGAAAAGAGCUUAAAACACAAAAGAGAAGGAAUAAAGAAAAGUGUGAAUACAAAAGACUUUUUGGGGAUUCUUGAACGCAAGGAAAACUUCAACCCUUAGCCUUUAUAUCAUCUUUAAUCUCGGCCUCACCCAUCAUGCCUGUGGAGACCCUUCGUCCCACAGAUGGCCGUCUUGCUGGGAGGCCCUUCACCUCCGCCAUGCCUUUCCGCAUCCUCAACAAGGGACCGGACUACUUCCGCAGGGCUCCCGAGCCGGGAGCACGAAAGUUAAGUGCAGUAGAACGUCUGGAAGCAGACAAGCCCAAGUACGUUAAGAGUCAGCAAGUAGCUCUCAAUAAGCAAGAGCCUGUAAAACCGCCAAUCAUCCGCAAACCGCUGUUAUCACCGAGCAUGAUUAUGCAGUGUCGGAUAAACACUCCACCAGCACGGAAAAUAACUCGCCGGCUACUCGAUGCAGAGAACGGAGGACCGGAACACGGCAUGUGCAGAGGACCUCAACUUAAUUUGGACAUCCUAAAUAACCUAAUUAAUGUUUGCGAUGGGCCACUCUCUUCCUCCCCAACUGCUUCCUCGCUGUCUCCCUCUGCUUCCUCUCCCUCAUCUGGGGGUCACAGUGUUGGAAGUGGACAGUCUGCGGAACCCCAGCAGUGCAUCAACUUCAAAGCACACCUUCCCUCCUCUCGCACCUCCUCUCCUCUUAACAACCAGACAAUAUCUGCAGUACCCAAUCAAAGACCACCUCCAGUUCCAGCCAGGGCUCCCAGACUCGUGCCACAAGCUAGUUACGGACCCCCGAACUCUGUAACAGUGAGACGGGUGGAUGUGCGUCCCCAGGCAGAGAUUAGAAAGCCGCGGUUGCCUCUACAACCUAAACCCAGACAGACCCAAAAGGCUCAACCACAGAUAGCCCAGCCACAGGCACCCUCUCCUCCCACACAUCCAGCUCAGCACCAGCCCGUGUCUGCUCACCCUCCAUCCCCCUGCCUGCCCCCCAGCCCUCUGCUUCUGCGCUCUGGAGUUUUACACCCGGCCUCCCCCGCCUUCACCCGUCUCUCAGCCAGCUCACGAGGAUCACGCCCCGGAUCGACCCGGAAACACCCCACCCUCCACCGCUCCAAGUCUGAUUUGAGUGACCGCUAUUCUCGGGCCACAGCCGACCUGGAGCGCUUCUUCAAUUACUGUGGCUUGGACCCCGUGGAGGUAGAAGGUAUGGGUGGUGUGGAGCGUUUUGCACGAGCCAGUUCAGACAUUGUUUCUGUUUCCAAGCUUCGAAGUGUUAGUACCCCAAGCUCAGAGUAUGGAGAUGGACGAAGAGGAGAGGAAGAGGAGGAUGAUGAUGACGAAGAUGACGGGGCUGUCAGGCCUAGUGAGCGUGUUCCUUAUGGGAUCUCUGUCAUAGAGAGGAAUGCCCGUGUUAUUAAGUGGCUUUAUGGAAUCAGACAAGCACGGGAUACCUCGCAAAACAUCUCCAACGUCUAGCUCUAUACAUACAGUAUAAGUACCAGACAGAGACCAUUUAAAUGAGACUUGCUGUAGCAUUCUAGAAGUCGUUCACACACAGAAUAUUUAUUAAACUUUUAAGAUGUUUGAAGGCUCUUAAAAAUAUUUGUUUUGGUUGUAUUUAGAUAAUGUUCAUGAUGUUUUUUACAAAGAAUAUUCAUCUUUUGGAUUGAACUGCAAGGAUGAUGUAUCUCCAUCAGAAAACUGACUUUUAGCACUGUGACAUGGAUACGUUUGGACAUUAGCAAUAAUAUGUUAAAAGCAUUAUAAGUGUGACUGAAUGGACGAUGAUGAUGGUGAUAAUGAAAGCAGCAGUCGAUCUGUUGUGCUGGUGCUGUUCAGGUACAAAGUCUUUACUAAACAGCAGUGCUGUGGAACCCGUGGCCUAAGCUAAUUUCUCUAGAAACCAUAGUAAUGGAACAAAGCAGGUACUUAAAGAAAUAAUGAAUUUGUUGAAGAUUGAUUGACAGCUAUUUAGAAUGCUUGUGUAAUGAGGUCAUAGUGUCUGUGAUAGGCCUCAGGGACGUGUUUUAUAAGCCACAACAAGACCACAGAUACAGCUUGCAAGUACCAAUACACACUAACAUAAAGCAUGUGAACACACUCAAACCCCUGCACACACUUUUGCUUCAUAGGUGUCAAAUUCAUACAUUUUUUUGGCAGACGGUUGAGAUGUUUAUGAAGGCGAGACUGAGAUACUGUGAAGAAUUCAGAGCUUCCAGGCUGCAAUGCUCCUCUAAAAACAUGUCUGGUUGACUGUUUUUAUUGAAAAUUUGUUUAAAGUUUAAAAAGGCAGCAUGUGAGAGCCUCUUGUCAGCGUGCACACAUGGAUUUACAGCUGUAUUAAGUGGCACAAGCACAGUUCCACGAUGUGCACUCUCAAACAAUGCAUUCCAAACAUAUGAGCAUACAUUCCAUCCAGCAUAAUGCUUGCGUAUGAUUUGUGUGGGUUUGUUGUUUGUGACUGUUCCUUCUGCUUGUUUCUGUUGGUUAACGUUUUAAAGAGGAUGUAAUGUCAUGGCAGGUAGGGAGUGACAGAGCAGAAAGAAUUGAGCGACUGAAUUCUGAGAGUUUGGCUCCAUACUCUUGUGGUAAUCAAAGCUGUUAAAUCUAUUUGCUGUGGAGUUUUCACAGUUGAAGUCAAAAGAACGGUAAAGGUUAUUUUAACAGAAGUUGAUUGAGUCGGUGCACAAAGACAAAUUAUAAGGCCGUAGGUCAUGAGGCUUUGGCUUUUUUUAAGUUUUACAUUGUUAAUGUCGCAAUAAUCAAAUUUUUUUGACUGUGCAAUCCAUCUAUAGCCAUAAAUGCAUAUUUGCUCUGCCAGCACAGAAAGUAUGAAUACAAAGGUACAGACCGUUAAACAGUUCAGUAAAGUAGCUAUUUGAAGUAUAACUGGAUGUUCUGCUUGUUCUCUGAUGUUUACCAUUGACACAAUUGCAAAAGUAAAAUGCAAAAUUGUAAAAAAUGCAAAAAAUGUCAAUAAACAUAUGUUUUUGAAAGUAA